GGUAUGACGUAGUGUUUAGAUAGUGCUAUUCAGGGCAGCGUGAAGUGAUUUCGAACAUCUUUUCUGCCGGAGUGCAUCUUGUCAACAUCAUCGGUCGCAUCCAUCAGGUCACGUCACAGUAGCGUAUUCGCUUUUAUUUUAGCCAUUCCUCUAGCCGCGCAAUGGCUGGCCCACCUGUCAUGGGGAAGCCAUAGUGUGUGGCUCACUAGCUCUCACAAUGCUAAAAGAGUGAUGAUGGCGUGUUCGUAGGUGAUUUAUGGCUAUUUAAACUUCAAUUUCUCAAAUCUACGGUCGCCAGCAUAUAUUUAUCCCAAACAACCUUAAACUUAUUCCCUGCUGCACCGCUACGCUGCUACACUCAACGUGGGGGUUAGCCAACAGAGACAAAGACCCUUCGGCAGACUCCGGUUUGGAGAAGCCCACUUGUCAAAGAUGGGGGAACCUGGGGUCCUAAAAUUUUGCCUGGCUAAUAUGUUUUCCCUUCGGCUUAUUGUCCGCCGACGAGACCGCGCUGUUUGGUCUUGGACGUUCGGUUUCCAGCCCGCACUUCUUUGACUCCUGACAUUUGAAACAAACAUCAGCCGCUUGCAUCCUCAAUCAUACAAACUCUGUUGAAACAUCACAACGCCUCGCAUCGCUUGUUCGAGUUUGCCCAGGCGCCACGCGACAGCCACGAUGGAGUCUGCGCAGCGAACCCUAUCCCCGACUAGGUCCAUCUGGGCCAACAUCCGCGCCAACCCCAAGGUUGUCUUUAUUGCCUUUUUCGCCUCUCUCGGUGGAUUUGAAUAUGGCUACCAACAGGGCGUGCUUGGCCAAUCGCUGGUCAUGACGCGCUUCGUAACCAACUUCCCCUCGGUCGUCCAGUCUUCCUCCGCCACAGGGUGGCUGACUUCAGUUCUUCAGCUCGGUGGUAUUGUUGGUUCCCUCUCUGCAGGUGUUCUGAGCGAGCUUAUUUCUCGCAAGCGUACUAUGUUUAUUGCUUGUCUUUGGGUCAUUCUCGGCAGCUAUCUCUACAUUGGCGCCAAAGCUGGUGAGCCGGCUCUUCUCUACGCCGGUCGCUUCUUCACCGGACUGGGAGUUGGACUGUUCAGUGGUGUUGGGCCUCUGUACAAUGCCGAGCUCUCGGCGCCUGACAUGCGUGGCUUCCUGGUUUCGUUUUACCAGUUUGCUACCAUUCUUGGCAUCAUGCUGUCGUUUUGGAUCGGUUACGCUAGCAACUACAUUGGUGGUAUUGGCGAUUCGCAAUCUGACCUGGCCUGGCGCCUCCCAUCCAUCAUUCAGGGAAUCCCUGCUGUGGCCCUUGCCAUUGGCAUCUGGUUUAUGCCAUACUCCCCUCGCUGGCUUGUCAAAGUUGGUCGAGAUGAAGAGGCAAAGACUACUCUCGCCUGGAUGCGCAAACUGCCUGUCGAUGAUCAGCUUAUCCAAGCGGAAUAUCUCGAAAUCAAGGCCGAGUCCGUCUUUGAAAACAAAGUCUUUGCUCGAGAAUUCCCCAAAAUGGCAGAACAGGGACAAAAGAGCUCAUUCCGCGAGCAGAUUGCCCAAUACGUUAGCUGUUUCCGAACUAUGGAUAAUUUGAAGCGCGUGGCAACAGCAUGGCUCAUCAUGUUCUUUCAGCAAUGGAGCGGAAUCGAUGCCAUAAUCUACUAUGCCACCAACAUUUUCCAGAGCCUCGGCUUGACUGGAGGCACGACAGCCUUGCUUGCGACUGGUGUAACGGGUGUUGUCUUUUUGAUUAGUACAGUUCCCGCCAUGCUUAUCAUUGACAAGGUUGGUCGAAAGCCAAUGCUUCAGGUUGGAUCCAUUGUCAUGGGUGUCAGUAUGGUUAUCGUGGGUAUUAUUGUCGCCAAAUUUAGACACGACUGGCCAUCGCACGCCGAUGCCGGCUGGACUGCAGUCGCGCUAAUCUGGGUCUACAUUGCUGGAUUCGGUGCCACAUGGGGCCCUGUGUCCUGGACGCUCGUUUCUGAAAUCUUCCCUCUCUCUAUCCGAGCAAAGGGUGCCUCCAUUGGUGCCUCAAGCAACUGGGUGAACAACUUUGCCAUCGCAUUUUUUGUGCCACCAAUGCUUGAAGCAUGGGCCUGGGGAACCUACAUCUUUUUCGCCGUCUUCUUGACUACCGGCAUCUUCUGGGUUUGGUUCUUCUUACCAGAGACCAAAAAUGCCAGUUUGGAGGAAAUGGAUCGCAUUUUCAAUAGCCACACGGGACAGCGAGAUGCAGAGUUGCUACGCGAGGCGCAGGAAGAGGUUGGUCUGUUGGCUCUGUUAGAUGGUAGUCAUACAACAGCGACACAUGAGAAGAGUGAAGAAGCCGGUAACGCAGUUUAAAAUCAUUGGCUAAAUCAGGCUAUUAAACAAAUUGUUCAAGUCUCACUAUAUGGAGGCGGCUGCUCUAGUUCCUCAAAUUCUUGCAUGGAAACGUUAUAGCCCAAAUGCCGCUUCAAAAGCUCGUGUGUGACAAAUCGCUCGGGAGUAUUGCCCUGAGCGUCGACAAAUGAAACAUGGUGAUUGACUUCGCUAAUCCGUUGGAGCUCGUUGGCAUGGCGGUGAUGAUGAGGGCAUCCGUCAACGCCAAUCAAGAAGACAGUUACAUGAGCCCACGAGCAUCCCAACAGGUCCAACUCAAAUUCAUCCAUAUCUGUAGCCUCUCCAUCCAGUAAAAGAAGUAGCCUUAGGAUAGGCGUUUCAGGGCCGGCUUGCCAACCGUACACGGGAUGAUGAAAAGCCGACUGACGAUGCUUCUCAAAAUGUAAUUGCUUCACCUUUUGCCAACCCGACAUAACACGGGUACCGCCUCCGAGGCGAACAGCAUUCCACACUCGGUCAAAAUUGCGGUGGUUUAUAACGCCGAUAUAAUUUGAGUGGUUAGCAAAUGUGAUCAAGUCAUAGCCGUGACCAUUCCUGCUGUGAUUAAUCAUGGCGUCGACAAAGCGGCGGACAAUUGCUUUUGCUACCGCUGGAUAGACGGCAACGUCUGUAGUUAGCUCUUGCUCAUCAACGAAGCAAUUGAAGAGAGUACAUACCCUUGUUUUUCGGUUGUUGGGAAGUUACAUAUCCUGUAAUAAAAUACUGAUCAUAAACAGGUCGCACUGGGUCAAACUCCAUAGACCCCGACACAUCCAACAGAAUCAUUGUAUCGUCCCUCGCUGUUUCUGGCCCAUCCAUGGGAAUAAAAGGAGGGGCCAUUACCUGCUUUGAAUAUCCUUCCGAGGUAUGCUGAACAUGACAAAUAUCAUUCGCUGAAAAGUAUUGAGGUGGCGGUUCGACUGCAGAUGCCAUUCUCGCCCGAGCCAUAUUCAAAGCAGAUAUUUGGUCAGGUUUCAGUCUCGCACCGGUGCUCCCAUCCCUAUGGUUAAGCACCCAGUAGAGUCGCUCUUCUGCCGUGUCUUCAUAUCCCCUCCAAGCAGGAGUGAUGCCCCUCCAUCCACCAGCAGCCUCGAUAGAGAAUUUCAGCGGGUUGGAAAUUUGAUCAGCCCAGGCCACAGGGAUCGGCUCGAAAUAUCCUGCUCGGAGAAGGUGAAGGUAUUGAAUAGGUGAGCGCUCCCGCAGGUCUGAGAUCUUUGUUCGCAUCCCCACCUUUUCUUGAUAAUUCAUGACCAGCUGUCGCCAUUCUGGAGUUGGCCAACGACCGGUCUCUUCCUGAACUAUCGAAUUGCGCAACUCAAUGCCAUGAGCCCUCAUUUUAAUCUUCUUUUCCAUUGCCCUUUCUUCUGAUGAUUUGAUUGACAAGGCCUUUUUAAUGCUGCCAUACCAUGGCGCUUUAGAGCUCUGGGAUGCACUUGCCGCUCUAACUGGUGAUGGCGCAUCUGUAGAAUUUUCUGUCCCCGACGGUUUGUUUUUUUGCGCGCCUAUAUGCAAUGAGCCUGUCGCCUGCUGAGGUACUGCCAACUGUUCAUCAUUCCAGAUGUUCAUGGUAGGCUCUAGCGCAUCUACCUUAGUCUGAGCCUUCGCAUUAAGAUGAGCGUUAAGCUCAAUGGUCUGCUGUACCCAGAGCGUGUAGUUUCGAGGACUGAUAGACGGGAUACCAGACCAGGUCGAGCCGUACCGCGAGAAUGGUGAGAUUGAGCUCAAUGCAUAGGGAUUGCUACUAAAGAGGCCGAUUGUUGGCUGGAUACAGUCGUGGUAUGCCUUUUCGCCUGCAGAGAUAUAUCAGCAAAAUGAGUCGGAUGCCGGAUGAGCCGUA